CAUUACUUGACACAUCGUUCCGGCAUAACAACAAACCUCCAAAACGCGGCGCACCGAGAAAACAUGGUUACGGAUUCAACAAAAACGAUGCCAAAUUCGCUCAACCUACGGCGGAUGGUAUGUGAAACGAACGUGCUUUCCCGGUCGGACUGUUCGGUAGCAUUAUCACAAGGUGCAACACAGGUGAUGGUGGCUGCCAAUGGUCCCGCCGAGGUAAAGUUUAAAAAUGCCGAAUCGGAAAACUGCCAUCUGGAGGUACAGUACCGCUCGAACGCGGGGCAAGAAGACAUCCAGCACCGGCUGAUGGAGAGUCUUAUAAAGCGCUCGUUCGUGCGCGUUGUAGCGACGCCCGCGUUCUGUCGCAGUGCCGUUUACAUUUAUGUGCAGGAAAUGACCGAUCGGGGUGGGCUACUUGCCUGCUCCAUCAAUGCGUCCUGCCUGGCACUGAUUACGAGUGGAGUCGAGCUUAACUUUACCGUCGCCGCCGUACACUGCAUCAUGACCGAGGACGGUGCAAUGAUACUCGAUCCCGAUCACAAGCAGCUGAAGCUGGCCCGCAGCUCGUUCACGUUUGUGUUCGAUAGCAUUGGGAAGAACACGGUCACGUCGUACGUGCACGGCAGCUUCACGUUCGAGGAGUACGAGCAAGUCGUGAGUGUGUGCCGGAAAGCGGUGGAAAAGAUAUUCGAUUUUUACCGGAAGGUGUCGCAAAACAUAACAAAAGUCGUCACAGAUGAUAGUUAAUACAUUGGUGGAUCAUUAA